GGAGCGACAAAGACGACCCCGGCCAAUCCCUCCAGCUCCGGUUGCAAGCUGCGCAUGCAUUUUUCCCCAUAUCGACAACUCGCACGCCGUACACCUUGUCUGCGUUACUCUGCACUUUAACAGCGCGUGAUUCACCGGUCCGUGGUGAAGGUAAAACGGUAAUCUUCCCGGAGGUAUAAAGCCCCAGUUUGGCCGACCUCUGGAACGCUGGAAUUUCCCCCCUCAACACCCAAAAGAUCUUCGCAGCACCCUGCCUUUGCGCAUUCAGUUCGACCGAACACACACGGACGAUCAAUUGACUGCCUCAACCUGCCAUCCACAUUUCCAAAGUCGGACAAUGGCUGUCUUCUCCUUGCCGAGUCAUGGCGAGGUCCUGGACAUUGGCGGCAGUACGAUGCGUGAUGCCUGUGCCCAGAUGAUGUACCAGACCUUCGGGCCUACACGCGACCACAACAAGAGGUUAUUCGGAUUGGACGAGUCUCUGUACGAUGGGACCGGAUCGCUGUACUGGGCUGACAUCAUGUCCAAAGCCGAGUUUUACCAGACAAACGAUGAAGUAGUUCUGUUGAAGCAAAAUGGUCUGAGUAUCAUCCAGCGCCUUCCCGAAGGCGUCACCAUGAUCGAUCUUGGAGCCGGAGACACUCGGAAGGUUCGCCACUUCCUCGCCGGAUUCGAGAAGGUUAGCAAGUCCGCGACGUACCUCGGCCUCGACAUCUCGAAAGAGUCAUUGGACCACAACAUCGAAUACCUGGCGUCAAUGGCCCGCGGCCAUGCUGAGCCGAUUGUCACCGUGGCCGGGCUGUGGGGUACCUUUGACGAUUGCCUCGACCGUGUCAAACAAAUACACGGCCCAAGGUUGUUCUUGUCUCUUGGCUCGGUCUUGUGUAACGACGAGUGGCUGGAAGCGAUGAAGAAGAUCAAGCAAUGGGCAUCUAUCUUGCGUCCAGAUGAUAUGCUCCUUGUCGGCAUGGACGCGCAUCUGGCGCCAGUGCAUCGUCAGAAAAUCAAGGUGGCGUACCACACACACCCCAGGCUGUGGGACGCUUUCUUCAGUCAUGGUUUCAGAAUGAUGAACGAGUAUGCUGGUGAGGAAUGGUUCCGUGACGAGGAUUGGGAGCGGCACGUCGACAUCGAAUGUGACGGAGUUGACCAGUCGACACCGUCAACGUCAACACGGCAUCGCUUUUACUUUUGCGCAAAGCGUGACAUCGUCCUCGGGACAUCUGGAGGAAUAAUCCACGAGGGGGAGGAGAUGGACUGGUUUGAUUCGCACAAGUGGCGUCAGUCGGCAGUCGAAACCAUGUUCAGCAAGGCUGGACUUGUCGUCACUCAGGUGUGGCAGGCGCCCAAUUCGGAGUUCCGACAAUACCUAGUGAGACAGCCUAAUGAGGCUGAUCCACGAAGCGACGCCGACAGUGGGGUGUCGGGCAUCAACUGAAGAGGUCGAUAUGGGAUCGACCACCAAAAGCCACGUGAAGAGGGUGUCGUUGUUGCGUGGCGCUGGCAGCAGAUCAAA